CACCAACGCAAGGAGUCUGGCCUGUUCUCAGGACAGUCGUUACAAAAUACCACAGUACAUUUUUUUUUAAAGAUGCUUUGAGUCGUCAGUGUGAAUACCGAAGGCUGACUGAACCGGUUAAAAUAGGAUGUCAACAAGUGACGCAGGAGAGUUGGAUCUCAGAGUUGUAGGAGGAGAGACAACUACGCCUCUGUACAGGACAACACGAGCAGCACGGACUACAACUGCAAGAGAACAGCAGAAUGAAACAUUCAGUAAAAGGUUCAAGCAGGAAGAGAAUCGUGAUGAUGAAACCCCAGCUGGACAGCAGUGUCACCCAUCAGCCAUCAGACAGAAAGAAACACGCAAAGCACUAGCAUUUAAAGCACACAGGCUAAGAAAGAAAGAGGCAGUUGAUUGUGGUGACUCAAAGGUCCAGACUCAGAAGCCCACUGGACCCAGAUUCACAUCCUCCCUGUACUUCAGACUCUCCAGAAAUCUAGGCCUUGACAACCCAGAGCUAAGAGUCAAGAAGAAUUUAGACCGUCGUCUACACAGUUUAACUGAAACACAGAGGGCAGAGGCUGAGAACAACAGCUGUCAGGUUAAUGGACAAACAUCACCACCAGACACCUCAAUACAAAUAGCCAGUGACCAAAAAGAAGAGGUUAUCACAGUUCUUUGCAAUGAACCAGAGAUUACCAGGGACUUGAGUACAUCUCAAAGUUUUUCAAAUGGAAAGUCUGGACCACAUGGGCGUAAUGGCUUGUGCAUGCUUCCACGUGGGUCACAGCCAAGGACUGGCACUAGAUCUGUUGAGUCAAAAGAAGACAUAAAAGACCAUACAGAGCUUCAGAAACAAACUGAUCUUGUGGAUCCAUCCACCUCUACUAGAACCAUGCUGUCUUCCACUGUGGUAACAGUUCUUGCCCCACAUUGGAGUGGCAGACCAAGACGGGCCAAAAGAUUUGAGGGAACUGGCAGUUCGGAAGCUCAGGGGAAUUUACAAGAUGUAACCAAUACUGUGGCAAACCAUACACAAGCACAUGUUCAGGACACUGCAAGCACUUCGUUGACAGAUAGAUCACAAGCCCAGUUAAGGGUUCCAUUUCUGGGAACCAGGAGCAAUACAGUUGACUGGACAACUAAGAGUGGUCCUGCUGGCUUGGACUAUGAAUCUAAGAGGAAAAUGAUUCAGACUAUCUCUUUGGACGUAAACUCUGGAAGGAUGGACAAUAAGAAAAGAUAUGCAGUUGCUUCAAGUCCUGUAGGCCCUGUAUCUCCCAUGUCACCCCUUUCCCCUGACCCAAAUGAGAGGAGGAAUCCACAAACUGGUCAUCAAGGAGGACUGUCAUCUUUAAGCUCAAAACCAACAACCAGCAGUCUACUUCUGUCUUUAAGAAACUCCAGUGGCAGAAACUCUAAUGCAGCCUCCACUGUCUCUGAGAUCAGUCCGAAUUUGAGCAGUUCACCAAGUGAUCGAGACGGAAAAUUAUUCACAACAUGCCUUUCUCAAAGCUUUCACAAUAAUAAUGAGCAAGAGAGGUCAAAGCCUCUCCUCUCUCCAUCAUCCGUCCCUUACAGGACAUCAGAAACUGGGCCUAGCCUUUCUCCGUCAUCCUCCAAUCACAGGGAAAGAACCAUAUUUGGAGCACGGUCCUUUUCAGCUUCACACACAAACAAAGACGUAGAGGACACACCCUUUAUCCAGCAACCUCAAAUAACAAACAGAACUCAGGCCAGUCUUUCAUGUUCCAAACAAGCAUUUCUAAGUAGAGGACCAUCAGAGAGACAAGUGGACUGCAGAGAUUCAGAAAAAAGUACAAACUUACUCUCAGACAUCUCUGUCUCUUCUGCCAGACAUUCCCCAUAUGACCGCUCUGGACUUCAUAAAACCCAGUCCCUCCCUAGAAGGACCACCCUGACAUCCACUUCCUGGUGGAAACAAGUUACCCAGGAAGGCAGUUCCCCUCUAACCCUCAAUGAUACAACAAACAUCAAAGAAAAGCCAAACACACCCUUAGUUCCACCCGGUAUUGAUAAAAGUGACAUGGCCUCGCCAAGUCUGACUGACAACAAAAGAUUUAGCAGUCAAAUCCCCAAUAACAGAGACAACAAUAACACAACAGAGACAGUUUGCAAAGGUAACAUGAACCUUGUUAUGAAGAUGCAGGGAGGAAUUCACAACCUCAAACAAAGACAUGCUGAAGAUUCACUUGACAAUAAAUCAGACAGAUUUGUUAAACAGCAUUAUGGCUCCAAUUCAAACACCAGAGAGCCACAAAAACCUCAUGAUUUGCCCGAUGUUUCGUCUAGUUCUAAAUUAAGCAGAGCUACAGUGCAGACAAAUCUGAGUCACCCUAAAGAUCUCACCAAGCAUGAUGUAAGCAAUAGUUCGUUUACAGCAUAUGUAACUGAAUUACCACCUACUAUGCUAAAUCCUACGAGCCCAAUUACACCCACUGAGAGCAGCAGUAAAUACAAUAAUAAUCUUUGUACAUCCAAAACCAACAGCACCCCCACAUCUACUCACAACAAGGACCCUCAAAGGUUUACCAAACCAUUCCUUUCAAACACUCUCAAUACCUCUAAAACCACUUCUGGUCUCCCUUUAACCCCAAACAUUAAAACCACUUCUUCCUUUCACUCUCAUCCGGUCACGUCACAGACCAGUAUUCAUGCUUCUUCAUAUACCAGCUCUCCUUCCCAACCACCCAAAUUCAACAACAUAGCGAACACCACUCCUCUUGGCUUUGAAAGAAGCUAUGCCUCUGUUCCCAAGCCUUUCCAUCCUAAAACUGUGUCUGGCUUGAUUCCCACUGUCAAUGCAUUUUCUAAAUCAAACUAUUGCCCUGUAUCCACUGUUUCUACCAUCUCUACCACUAGCAGCCAUCCUGCAACCACAACUGUCCAGAGUCUGUCACUCCUUACUCCUCCCGUCACUCCUGCCAUGGCAUCCUCUCCUAACACUGUCGCUAUUUCCUCUCUCUUAACACCCCCUGCCACGCCUAUCAUUACCAGCCCCAACUACUCAGACACUUCCAGCCCCAAGGAAGGGAGGACAAUUUCAAGCAGCCAAGAAAGAGACACAAAGAAACCCCAUGUAGAGGGAAAGAAAGUGAGACGAGUAACAUGGGAGGACUCAGUGGAUCUGCAGUGUUCUGAGCCAAUCGCAGUUGAAAAGCCAGAGCCAACUCAAAUCCCAACAAGCUCUCCAUCUCCCUCAAGGUCCCCACGAAGCAUUAAAGCUCCAUCCAUCUUUUCUUUUCUAAGAUCAAGCAGUCCAACCACAAAUACAUCUCCUCUUUGCCCCCCUACCCCAAAGACCUCCAGCAUAGAGGCAGUGAAAGGAGCAAAGUUUCGGUCCUUAUCAUCUGACUCCCCUGAUUUAGGAUCCAGAGAGCAAGGGAAAUCUAAGCAGAGACCUAGUGAUAUAAUGACCUUUGACCAGGGAAGACGGGACUUUACCACACCCAGGCAGGAGAGGACACAAUCAGUUGAGUCUGGCACAGUUCAAGGCCGUUCUUCUGUUCCUCUCUCCCUCCCACCUGACUUUUCAAGCGGAUAUAAGCUUCGAUAUAGCUCCCCACCUUACUCCACUCUUAUGUCUACCAGGUCAUCCCAGGGAGAAACUAAGACUUUAAUACCUAGAUCAUCCCUCUUCCAACAAUCCUCACAGUCAAAUUAUACCCCAAAUCUUUCAAUAAAUACUGACCCAGCUGCAGUCAUGACCUUACCAGUGUCCAAACCCCCUCUGUCACCGAUCAGCUCACCACAGCCCUUAUCGUUGUCUUUGCAAAGCAAAAAUACCACCCAAGAAAGUUCAAAGUGUGAAAUCUAUGAAAUUGAUCAACUCAAUAAUAAUCACAGCAAGAGCAUCUGUCAAGAUGCCCAGCUAUUACUUGUCAAUAACAGAGUUCAUGUCAGCUCACAUUCUCUGCAGGGUGAUAAGGCACACAACUCCUCUUCAACAUGUGUAACCGAGACACUGGUUUACAGCAUUAAAUCUAAAGUAAAUCCAGCUCGAACUGCCCCGAAGAAAACCACACCUAAAUCUCUGCAGCAUACCGCAAACACACUGGUUUCUGUGGAGACAGAGUUAAGUCAACAGUCACACACAAUUCAGAGUAAGGAAGCCGCAGGUGAACCUAGUCAUUCAGAUCAGAGCUCAAAUAGUAGCACCUCAACAGAGACUCUGCCGCCUGAUGAUGAAAGCUCAAACAGAAGAAUGAAAGAGAGUGUGCUGAGCAAAAGCAGAUUUUUGUCAGUGGAGAGCAACAAUGAACAAAGCCCAAAGAAAAGCCGGUUUGGACUGAAAAAAAGUUUCAGUACACCAAAUGCCAGUUUGUCAAGAUCAGAGUCAGAAAGGGCCAACAAAACUAAUAACAAAAUGGACCAGGUCCUUAACAAACUGAGACAAACAUUCAGCAGUAGACGGUCUGAUGAUGAUGUGUUGUUUCCAUGGAAAUGGAAGCGAGGCUCCCAAACACCUUCUGUUAGUGGAUCAAGUGACAUCAGCAGUGUCAGUGAUAGCUCUGUUGAGAGUGGCAAAAUUCUAGAGAAGCAAGAGCAGGAGAAAGGGGUGAUGCUGAAGGACAAUGAAAAGGACACAGAGGAUGCAAAUAGAUGGACACAAAACAGAUACACUCUCACACCAUCGUCUGCUUCUAGAAGCACAAUGGCAGGAGAGAAGUUUUAUAGUUGGACAGACAAAUCAACUCCACAAGCUGACCAAGACAGGCAAAAUGCUUGUGUAGAGCACAUGUCAGAAUGUAAAAACCAACCUCAUUUAAAAAUCCACAGCCCAACAAUGCACCAGUUUGACUUUGACUACAAAGACAUUGGGACAACAAACCAGUUCCUCUCUUGUAGAGAUCCCAAUCCUGGUAGGAGCCCUAACCUCACUACUGCUUAUCCUACUCAGUUCGGGAAGUCUUCAUCAAGCCCUAGGAGCCCCUUCUCCCCCUUCUCUUCUCUUUCCCCUGUCUCCCCAUUCACCUCGCCUGAUGUUACAGAUGACAGUGUCUUCUACAGCCCAAAGUUACAGCGACGGAGAGAAUCCCCCUCCCCAUGUGAGCCAGGAGAGGGAAUCAGUCUGGGGGGUUCAAGAAGAAACCGGGCAUCCACUGGUCCUCCAAGUGCAAGUCCGGGACAGGACAAGGAAUACUCGCCAUCUUCCUAUGCAGACUUAAAGUAUGGCAUUGAGCCUGGGAGGUCAUUUUCUGUGAGUUCGGUACUCUCCAGUCGGCCCUCAGGGCCUGGUCGCAUCUCUACCGGAUCUAGGUUCUUGAGUGUGGGUGACCUCUCUGAAUCUGCCCUAACUUGUGGAGGUACUGGCAAGGACUUAUAUCACUGGUCCACUAGUUCUGAUUGGCCCACAAAUUAUGAUUGUCAGCCCACUAAGGACUGUCAUAUGUCAUAUUUCCCCAGUGACCCUGGUAAAAUGAGAUCGAGAUCUCUUCCUCGAUCACUGACCAGGUGCUUGGCAAAUUGGAGCUCAGAAGCUUCUCCACCUGUAAAUACCAUGGCACCAAAGCCAGCCCGCCUUUGGAGCCCUAACAUGAACACUUGUCACUUUGCAUGGGAUACAGAGGGUCCACCAACACCUCCUCCAACACCACCUCUGUCACCGGUUACCAAACGCAUGUCCAAACCUCCCAGCCUUUCCUCUCCUACCUUUCCCAGCUCAUCUGGAGCACCACAGCAAGUGGACAGCCAGUCCUCCAGAGGGCAUUUGCCCUCCAGAGGUUAUGUAUCCAGCCUUAGCACCUUUGAGGAGUCUUCAGACAGUAGCUCAGACACGACAACAGACGAUGAAUAUUACUUAGAAACAGGUGAAGACGAAGAAAAGGAGACAGAAUUGUGAUAGCACAACAAUUUAAAUCCUUCUUGUUGUCUAGUCCCUGUGAUACUCGACUCCAUUAUCUAGAAAAAGGAGAGGGACAAAGGAGACAGACAUCCACAAGAAGAUCGAUGGGCUCUAUUAUCCUGUUUCCUGUGUUUUUGUUUACUCUCUCAUUGCCUGCAUGAUUUGCUUUCGAAAAGUGGCGGUUGCUAUCAUGUCAAAAAGACAUGAAAUGAGCAUGCAUGAUAUUAUCAGCAUAGGGUUAAAGAUGUGUGUAUAGAGAGUGUACUAUAUACGAAUGCUGAUCUGCAAUCUAGGGAUAUCAGAAGUUUUAUCUAGUUAGGACAGUUGCAUGGCACGAGUGAGGAAAUCUGUAUAUCUGUGUAGUUAUUUUAAUCUACUGUGUAAGAUUAUAUUUUUAAUGUGAUGCUUAUCUUUAGGUUUGCAUUUCAUCCUGCUACUUAAUAAGUGCUGAGGUGAUGUGGAUAAAUGUGGUAUCAUAUGAUAUUUCUUGUUUUGUUCUAUGUUUGAAGAUUGAAAUUAAUUGUGGUAAAUGUUGUAAGCAUAAAGCAAAUACAAUUUUUUUUCCACAUUUUUAAACAGUUGCUUUGACAAAUGUAAAAAAGUUUUGUUGAAAAAGUUUUCUUCUGGGAUAAAAUAUGAUUAUAUUCUAUCAUAACAUAUAUCUAACAGAAACAGAGUUGACAUACAUUUGUUAUCAAACAUAAAGUGC